AUUAUGCGGUUCUUCAGUGACGUUGAGACACAAAAUGGAACACAAACUUUAACUUGGACUUAACUCUAAAUUUUGUUUUUGUUUUCGUAAUUUCUCUUUGUUUAUAUGAUCCUGAUCGAACCGAAAAUCAGAAUUCCAAAUGUGGCCAUCGUUUCAACCUAACCUGUGACAUAUAUCUCGAGGAUUUAAGGGGUUUGUCAUUCGUAAAUUUAACGAAAAUUUGGCAUUCCUAUUCAAAAUGUAAUACCAACGUUGCUCCAAUAAGUUAAUUGUAGAUCAUAUGAAAUGGCUUCUAACGGUUUAGACAUGGAUGCCGAAACCGUUGAUCGAGAACUAAAAAAACACUAUGGAAUACAGGAUUGUUAUGUUCAUAUUUCUCGAUUAUCCGAUUCUAUAUUCUUGCCAACUGAAGGAAACAGCAAAGAACUUUAUAAAUAUGGCAACAAACGACUGAAAUAUUCUAGUGAUGAGUACUCAGAAACCGAAAGUGAUUUUUCGACUAGUCAUUCAGACGCAAACGAGUAUCAGAUGAUCGAUAUUAUUGAAAGAAUUGAUUCCUAUCCAGAAAAUUACUUCGCUAAUCGAAACUGUUACGAGGAAAAGCCUUUCUCUGUGCAUUACAGCAAGAUGUACAUUGACGAAAUCGUCAACAACAUUUACGCUUUUCAAUCGCACAAUGUCAGAUUCGAUUUGAGCGAAAUCUUUCAAGUCUUAAAAAGUGAUUUCACGUCACUCUCCGAAACCGAAUUUCGGACGAGAGUUCGGGAGAGACUGACUGAGAUGUGUUAUCGGUCAAUUAGCGAGAAAUUCAAAUCGGAAUGUAGAAUCGCAGCCGAAAGAGUGUUGAAUCAACUUGCGCAUAAACAAGUUGAUCUUAUUCUGGGGAAAGAAAACAACGUGCAUCCGAACACUGUUAAGCUAACUUGGUCCAGCUGCACAAAUUUUAUUCUGAACAAACAUAUUAGAAUUUCAAGCCGAGCUCAUCAGUACCGAAAACUAUAUUACGAUAAGGAAAGCUUUGUUAUCGUAAGGGAAGAGGAUGUGAAGUAUGCAAGAAAGGCUAUAAAGCGAUUGCAUAAACUCAAAGUCAUUGUUCAGAAGGAUAAUACGCUACCUUCCAUAAGUCAUUUCAAUUCUUGUAAAAAUAGCUUACUGAUAGAAAACUGAGCGGAAAUUAUAUUUCUUAUGCUAAGCGUAUAGUCCCCCCCCCCCUGCUUUUUGGCUGAAAAGCAAGCAGUCGUAGGUUGUGUACCUCUAUUCUUCUUGUAAACCCUAUUGUGCGGCUUUCAGGAGAACUUCUCCAGACAUCAGUCUCACUUCGUGGCAUGUACCAUGGUUACGAGAAAAUCACUUCAAAUAGGGGUGUGGGGUGAAUAGUUUUCUCUUAAUCUUAGCAUAGGUCAAUGUGAGUAAACCAAUCGCCACCUUUAUUCCUCCAUUGCACCCCCUUUAGAAAUGCGCUCUCGCUUAUUACCAUAGCAGUCAGCCCGAGACUUUUAGUCUGGAGGAGUUCUCCUUAAAGUCGCACAAUAGUUAACUUCAAUUAAUUAAUUUAUUUUUACUUAACAGAAU